UUUAACAACAAAAAUAUGACCUUGUGUCACUUGAAUAAUGCCUACACAGUACUCAGGACUAUUUUCUUUGGCUUUCGUUUACCGUCUCAAGGCCUCUUCUUUUGUUCCUCAAUCUUCACCAUCUCUCUUAUUACUGCUCUCUUCGUUCAACCACUUAUCAUUGCAUGCUUUAAAAUCCCAAACCAAAAAGCCAAACUCAAUCUCUUUCCUAAGAUUCUUUUGAUCUUUGUUGUGAUAGUUUCUUCCAAGUUCUUAACUCAUCUCAGGGUUUGUGUUUCUUUGUUGGGUUUGUUUCAAUGGGACCCGUUAGAGGGUUCAAGAGAAGAAAGAAAGCAGCAGACAAGAAAGUGGUUGACCAGAAUGUCUUGCCUUCUUCUGCUACUGUUGCCUCUUCUUUGGGGUCUCAACCUCAGCCUUUGGAUUGGUGGGAUGAGUUCUCUAAAAGGAUUUCAGGUCCUUUAUCUCAAUCAAAGGAUUCAAAAACUUUUGAAUCAGUUUUCAGAAUUUCAAGAAAGACAUUCAACUACAUCUGUUCACUAGUGAAGGAAGAUCUGAUGGCUAGGCAAUCAAGCUUCACUGAUGUAAAUGGCAAGCCUUUGUCCCUAAAUGAUCAAGUAGCUGUUGCUCUUAGAAGGCUUAGCUCUGGCGAAUCAUUAUCAAUCAUUGGUGAUACUUUUGGGAUGAAUCAAUCAACUGUUUCCCAGAUAACCUGGCGGUUUGUGGAAGCAAUGGAGGAAAGAGGGCUGUGCCACCUCAAUUGGCCUUCAACUGAAGCAGAGAUGGAGAAAAUAAAGUCUAAGUUUGAGAAAAUCCGGGGCCUUCCUAAUUGCUUUGGUGCAAUUGACAUCACACACGUUGUCAUGACUCUGCCUACAAUGGACCCAUCGAAUAAUGUCUGGUUUGAUCGGGAGAAGAACUACAGCAUGAUUUUGCAGGCAGUUGUGGACCCAGAGAUGAGAUUCCGUGAUGUGAUUGCUGGGUGGCCGGGAAGUUUAAGUGAUGCCAUUGUCCUCAGGAGCUCAGGUCUCUUCAGACUUUCUGAAGAAGGAAAGAGGCUAAAUGGAAAGAAGCUAAACAUUUCAGAAGGAGCAGAAAUAAGAGAAUAUAUUAUAGGGGAUGCAGGUUUUCCCCUAUUGCCAUGGCUUUUUACUCCUUAUCAAGGGAAAGGCCUCUCAGAUCUUCAAAUUGAGUUCAACAAACGGCAUGCUGCAACCAGAAUGGUAGCACAGAUGGCUCUGGCCAGGCUCAAGGAGAUGUGGAGGAUAAUACAUGGUGUGAUGUGGAUGCCUGAUAAGAACAGAUUGCCAAGAAUUGUUCUUGUUUGCUGCUUGUUGCACAACAUUCUCAUUGAUCUUGAGGAUGAGGUACUAGAUGAUAUGCCCUUGUCCCAUCAUCACGACAUUGGCUAUCGUCCACAAAAUUGUGAAUCUUUUGACCAGUCCGCCUUGAUCAUGAGAGAUAAACUUUCUCUCUACUUAACUGGAAAAUUGCCACCUUGAAACUGUCCUUCAAUCGUUUCUCCAGCUUGGUAAUCCUGAUUCCUCGCAGGUGGUUGUAAUGCACUGUGAUACAAGUUCCUUUCAUUUUGAGCAGCAUAUCUAUUUUUGGUUUUGACAGUAUAACAUGUAGCCUAUAUUAUCUGAUAUUCUUCAGACAUGGAUUUUUAUGACAAGCAACUCUGUUGAAUAUCUGGAAGCAGAAACUGAAUUGCAUUGAUGGAUGUUUUCGGAUUUAGGAUAAUCAAGGUCAUAAUUCAUUAACAUUUUGGACAUUCUAGUCAUCAAGAAAACUUAACAGCUUUGUUUUGCCCCUCUUCGAAUCUGUUGGUUCCAAAACAAGGUCUUGCAAUCUAAAGGUCUAUACAAACAUUUUUUUCCCAAGAGUUUUAACUUGAAACAAUUGAACCAUUGCUUUCAUAAUACAGCAAUAGGGCAUUCAAGUAACUUGAUUAUACUUAUUUUCAUUUUUAUCAAGUUCAUAAUUGAACGGUAAGUCACCGCCAAAAGAAAGAAAA